AUGCUAAUUUGUUUGUUAGCUACACGUAAGAAGUCUAGAUCAUCAACAGCCACAAUUAGAGCGAGGCCUCGCAUUGACGAAGCAGUCACUUCUGUUUACAGGCCUCGAGGGGGAGAGAACCCAGCUUACUCUGUGACGAACGAUGAGGCCAAUGAGUGGUUUAGCACUCGCCGACCUCGUGUCCUCAAUUCUCUCUCCCGGCCUAGCGAUUGUGUCUACCUCCCGGAUACUUGCAGCCAAGGAAGACAACAUUGGAACUCUCCAGAAUCAGCCAGAUCCAGCACACCGGAAAUCGACCAACAGCAAAUGACCAUUCCUCCACUCGACGUUCCAGAAACAGGCCAGACAUACCAGUCAGGACCACCGCCACCGUCACCACCUCCACCGCUUUCACAACAAUCUCGACAAAUGGACCAGAUCAACAGUAACCCUUACUUUUUGGCUUCUGCGCCUCCCCCGUAUACGCCGUAUGCCGAGGAUCAUCCAGUUAAUAUUACCUCAAUUGAGAGAUCUUUGACACUACCGGUACGAAAUGGGACUUCUUACAGAGUAGACUAUGAUUACUUCUGA